CGCGCCCUUGGACAGGGUGGAUAAUGUAGAUGGCAGAAGCAGAUCCCGGCUGCCCGUCGCUCCUCUAGGCGCUGCUCAUUCGACAAUUCUGGUAUGAACUGCAGCGAUCACUGCUACCCACCCCCCCAAACCCCAACGGCGCUAGAAAGCGUUGCUGGCUUGACCCAUCCCAUCUAUAUCAAUCCUGUUGGCCCUCUAUUUCGUCCAUUUCCCGGCCUUCGCUCCUUGGUUCUUCUUCCCCCUCAACUCAACCACCCAAUACCCAGUAUAAGACGCCGCAAGAAGAAGACUCAGCCGAGCCAUUCGUCCUCUGCAGCACACAAUGGCGGACCAGCAUCUCGCGACCGAGAAGGGCGUUGGCCAGACGACGGGGGCUACACCCGUCGGGGCCAACGGAGCUAAUGCCACCCACCGGGGCUAUGACUUGCGCAACCCAAUGGCACACGUCCACGCCGGCGACGAGCCUCGGUUGCCGGCCUUCGGUGGUGAGUUCCAGCCGGGUCUCUACCGGCCGGUCGAGCACCGCAAGUUCGCCAACCCGGCGCCUCUGGGUCUCUGUGCCUUCGCCCUCACCACGUUUGUCCUCUCGGCUAUCAACAUGAAUGCACGGGGCGUCACUGCGCCCAACGUUACCGUUCCCCUCGCCUUUGGCUACGGCGGUCUCGUCCAGCUCCUGGCUGGCAUGUGGGAAAUGGCGAUCGGGAAUACAUUUGGUGCCACGGCGCUGUCGUCGUAUGGCGGCUUCUGGAUUGCCUACGGCAUCCUGCUGACGCCUCACUGGAACAUCACCGGCCCCGGGGGACCGUACCAAAACGACGCGACCAAGGCAAUCGACCCCAAGAUGACCGACUCGGCACUGGGCUUCUUCUUGACUGGCUGGUUUAUCUUUACUACCAUCCUGCUUCUGUGCACGCUUCGCUCGACUGUCAUGUUCUUCCUGCUGUUCUUCACCCUGGAUCUCGCCUUCCUCAUGCUUGCCUGCGGCCACUACGCCAGCGACAACGGCGCCACGCAGUCGGCCCUGAUGCUCCAGCAUGCUGGUGGCGGUUUUGGUAUGCUUGCCGCCUUCUUGGCAUGGUACAACGCUUUCGCCGGUAUUGCCGACAGCAGCAACUCGUUCUUCCUCAUCCCCGUCUUCCACUUCCCGUGGUCUGAGAAGGGUCGCGAGGCGAGGCUCGCCAAGGCCAACUCCAACACGGCUGCUUAGAGAACCACGUACGAGCAAUGCGACAUUACGAACAAUACCCCAUGUUUUGCCUUUUAGACCUGAUUGUAAUUCAUUACUCCAAUCUUCUCGAUUUGAGUGCGAUACCCGGCAGUUUCGCAAGUCGGUUAUUUGAUGCCGUCGAGCGCUGGGGCCGUGGUGAUUUGACGGAGGAAUUGUGGAGAUAUUAGCCUGAAAAGAGAGAAAAGCAGCAGCAGCGUGGUGGAUCAAAACGGGACCCCUUUUGGACACUUUGUGUUAUGCUUUUUUGAUUAGCGAUGGAUAAUGGACGAAUCUGGAGUUCUGGACUUGCUGUCAUGGAUAUUGUCGUUGCACUUUGUUCACUUGGAGCGACCAUUCCG